UUUUCAUUUUCUCAUUAUAAUCUAUAUUUUAUGACUUAGUCAUGUUAUUUUAUAAUUAUAAAUUAAUCUUCUCAUUAUAAUAUAAUCUAAAUUUAUACAAACAAAAAUGAGUAUUGCUAUACAGUAUAUUUGGUUGUAUUUGGGUAUUUCGUGCUGCCACAAGAAAAAAAUUGUAAAAACCUAUCUGAAAUAAACAAAACGUACGUUCAGCCUUUCUGUGCCAAUUCACAUACUUUCAUCAAUAACUCAAGGCUGUGUUAGUUUGAGGGCCCAGUUGACAUAUUUUUUUUUGUAUUUUGUAUAUGUUGAAUUUUAUUUAUAAAAAAAUGUUUAAACAGUUUUGUUCACAAUUGUUGUUAACUUUAUAUAUUUCCAUGUUACAGUUCAAUCUCAUCACGCAUUUAAUUGAUAGCUGGAUUAAAAAGGAUUCCACUCAAGAUGUUCCGCCUAGCAACCAGCUGCACUCCCAGUCAGGAAAAGUUACAGUCCUGCCCUCUGUUGGUGAUAUGGCCAAGAAAACCUCGCAGGUAUCAACUGACCAAACUGAAGCUAACUCAGGGAUUUCAACCACCAUUUGCUUCAGUAAAGAUUCCACUCAAGAUGUUCCGCCUAGCAACCAGCUGUACUCCCAGUCAGCAAAAGUUACAGUUAAUAUAGUCAAGAAGUCUUUGCAGGUAUGAUGUCGACUCUUUG